AUUCAACUCCUAAAUGUUAGUUGAGUAUUAUAAUGUUUAAACUACUCAUGAACGAGGAUAAUAGUUCAUGGCCAAAUAAUGGCGGAAAUGGUUGACAUGUGCACUACCACCACACUGAGCCAGUCAGAGCUAGGGGGCUGGAGUGAGGACAUCGCCCACGAUGAUUACCCCACCCCGUCCAACAUGGAGCUUGUACCCUACACCCCGCCCCAGCUAUAUGGUCCGUUCCUCCCACCGGGAAUGGAUGCAGGCCACAGCAUGGAUGAUUUUCAGGCUUCUAGCUCAUUGCCAAAUUCUUUCAUGGCUAAUGAUGGAGAAGCAGUCGCCUCACAAGGAUCGGACACAAAAGAUUCCAACGCGGUGCGGGGUGUCUGCGGCCUACGGAACAUGGGCAACACCUGCUUCAUGAACUCCGGUCUCCAGUGCCUCCUGCACCACCCCCGUCUCUCCAUCUACCUCCUGGACCACGAGGGGCUCCCUGAGGAGGGCAUGGCCAGCCACUUCACCGAGCUCCUGCAGAAGACCUGGGCCGGAGAAUACAGCGUGCUCCAUCCCAGCUCCUUCAAGGACACCAUGGGAUUCAUCCAUCCACAGUUCAAAGACUUCAGACAGCAUGAUGGCCAGGAGUUCCUUGCCCUACUCCUAGACACACUGCACGAGGAGCUCAACCAGGCCAACCGUCCAGCCAAGAGCCAGUCUCCAGCCACCGACUUCUCUGAGGAGUCCAGCGACUCGCACUACGCUUCCGAAGCAUCCACCUCCAAGCUCAGCGAGCUAGAGGCCCUCGACAUCGACUCGGGGAAGGAAGAGACGUCGUCGACCAGUCAGAACAACCGACGGAACAAGAUGGAGGAGAGCGAAGAGGAAGAUGGAGGGAGCCCUCAGAGGGUCGGCGAGAGUAAGAAUGGGAUGAGGAAGGUGGAGGAAGGAGAAGAGAUGGAGUCGGAGGAUGGGGAGGAAGGAGCUACUGCGACCAAGCUUCCCAGUAUUGCAGAGUUCUACAUGAAAGAUGUGAAGACUCUCAACACAAAUAUGUUACAAGGAGAAGAGAUAUCUCCUUCAGUCUCUGAAAGCAGCGCCAAGUUUCCAAAGAAGGACAAGUCCCCAAUACUGUCUUCCAUUCGCAACCCAAUGGAUCCCAUUCCCGAUGCCAGCAACAGGUCUAUCGGCAAGCCCAAGAAAUCUAACGCUCUAGCCGCCAAAAAGAACAAAGCUUAUUUAAGGACUGGGACCAACAAUCAGGAAAAAUCCAGUGGGGAGGACCAAAGGACAAACCAAGAAGAGCCAGAUCCGAUUAAAAGGAUGAAGAUGGACCUCAACUCGGAAAGUAUAGCCAAGAUUUAUAAGGAAACGAAUGGCUUGUCGUCACCGAUGAAGUUUCAUGAUUACGUGACGUCGAUGGAUGAUGCCAAAUCAGUGAACAUCUUCACAGAGAAGAUGACAAAUAAACUGGCUGAGCUGGAAGGCCCAGCGGACAGUACCACCGGCCUCAAGGGUCAGAUUCUCUGCAGCAAGUUUGAGGAUAACAGUGCAGAGCCCACGACGUGCAGCUCAAAGCAAUUUGAUAAUGAGAAGCAACUUGGGAGCCCUUGCGCAGAUCUUCUGGACAAGGGGGGCAUUGACACCAAGUUGGGGCGGAGCUUCCUGCCGAACAAUCAGCAGUAUUUUGCCGCGAUAUGUAAAGCACAGGAAGAACUUGGAGAGAAGAUGAAGGUUGAUUCAUCGUCGUCGUCGUCGACCAUGACGGCUGAGAAGGGGAUGAUGAUGAAGGAGAGAGAAGGGGAGAUGGAAUGGGACAUGCAUCUACGUAGGAACCAGUCCGUCGUCAUUGAUACAUUCCAGGGACAGUUUAAAAGCACUGUUGUGUGUGCUGUAUGUGGCCAUGUUUCUAUAAUGUUUGAGCCUUUCAUGUACCUGUCUGUGCCUCUGCCUCGUGCCAUGGAUAAACAACUCAUUGUUACAAUCAUCUCAAACCAUGGCCAUUUACCAACCCGUCACCUUGUAACACUUAACCGCUUUGAAUCUGUACGGGAGCUCAGGAUAGCCUUAAAACACAUAAUCUCAGGCAUCGGUGGGGGCGAGGAAGAGGAGAGAGAUGUGAUUAUAGCAGAAGUGCUAGACCAUCAUGUCUCCAGAUUUUUAGAGGAUGGCAUCCAACUACGCUACGUCAACGACUGCUACCGAUUGCUUUAUGCCUUUGAAGUCAGUAGCAACGCCAGGGAACGGCUUUACAGCAGCCUUUGUCCAGAGCAGGGCGAUGCCUCAGAGACCGAGCAAAAGCAAUCAAACUUUAUGUUUUACAUGAACGAACACAGCAACAUGAGUUCGCAGAGUGACGACGUCAUCACGCACAUGGGCGACGCCACGCCCCCUAGCUACCAGCCCGUCACAAGCUCGUGGGAUAUCGAGGUCACCACGUCUACUGCGGAUGAACUCAGUGGUAUUGGUAUGGUGCAGCCGCCUGAUAUUACCUCCACGUCUGGGUUAGAUAGCGGGUUCCCGUCCAACACCAUGUCCCAUCAUGGUGAUGUCUUCACCAAUAUUCGAUAUUUUGACCCAACUGAUAGCACAAACUGUGACGGCGCUACCUCGUUUGAAGGAACGCUAGCGGACAGUACAGAAACUCUUGAGAGAUCGUCAAGCCUACAGGCUGUGCACGGCUCAUCGAGCGGCGUCGAGCUCUGGGCGGACAGCCAAGCCGAUUCGACACCCUGGGUCUCCAAGCAACCGGAAGACAUUGCUCCGGCGAACAGUCCAACGUCGGCGGUUAUCGCUUCGUGGAAAUCGUGUGCAAUAUGCUUGGAGGAACUGCCCCCACACCAGUUGUUGACCCAUCAGCCCUGUGGUGGGGUUCUUUGUGCAAUCUGUAUGGAAAGAGCUGUCAAGCAUUAUGGUGACCAGACAGUAAAUUGUCCAGUAUGUCGUCAGGAGAUUGACCCAGCUACUGACUAUGUUGCCAUGGCAGGGGCAUCGGUGCCCAACUUGAUGAAGCGGGUUCUGUUGCUAUCGGUUACCUUUAGGAACGACUUGGAGGAGGAUGGAGUAGUAAGACGUGAUCUAUUAGGACACCCUCGUGUGUUGUACUCUCUUAACGAGGUUAGCGGAGAGGAGCUAUUUUGUCAGGUGGAGAGUUUGAUGCCCAUCCAUGCCCCCUUCUCCCUUGUACUCUCAGAUUCACAGGGUCUUAGCUGCAGUCGAUGCAGCUAUGACCUCCAUUGUUCAGGUUGCCAGCUGGUGAGGGAGGUGGAUAUUACACUCAACUCUGAUGAUCACCUCACAGUAGUGUACCAUAAUCUCCCCUCUGAGAUAGUGGAAUCAACCAGUAGGGUUUGUGAGGACCAAUCAGUGGCAGGCUUCCAGGGCAAUGAACCAAUCACACUCAGGAAUUGCUUCCAGGCAUUCACAGAGAGUGAGACGUUAGAUGAACACAAUCCUUGGUUCUGCUCUGAAUGCAAGAAACCUCAACCAGCCAAUAAGACCAUCUCAGUCUGUCGCUUUCCAGAUACUCUCAUUGUCUACCUCAAAAGAUUUGUUUUCCAUCAAGCGAUGAGCACCAAGCUGGACAACAAGGUUCUCUUUCCUGUAGAAGACAUGGAUGUAGGUGAAUACAUGAGCAUCUCAGAUUCUCAUGAAGACUUGGUCUAUGAUCUUCAGGGUGCUGUCAAUCAUUUUGGAGGUGUGAAUGCUGGCCAUUAUACUGCCUACGUGAAGAACCCGUGGACAGGCCAGUGGCAGUACUGCAACGACGAGACGGUUUCACAGCAAGAUCCUUCAGAACAAGAUGCUUCCAGUGUUUACAUCCUAUUCUACUCAAGAAAAGGAUCCUACCAUGACUUCACCCUUCCACCACUACCGCCCCCAACUACCGGUCCAAAGACAGAAGAAGGCGUCGCCCUUUGCACACCCCCUCCGCUUGUCUGCUCCUCCUCUGCCUCUUCUUCUUCCACCACCUCUUCGGCAGCACCCCUUUCACCCCCGCAGACGAGAAUGGUAGAGCCCAGCCCAAUGGAGGAGGACCAGCAAGCAUUCAUGGAAGGCACAGAUCUGGACAAGCUUAUCCAGGAGCUGAACAAGGAGGACAAGUCCACUGUGGAAGAGGGGGGCAGCAGUGAAGCAGAGGGGAGGGAGGCUGAUGCGACUUAUCAAGAUGACCUGCAUCCGGAGACUCUGGAUUAGGACUUCUUGACCCUUAUUGUUUGGUUUAUUGCUUGACCGAGCCUGUUAUUAUAAUAGCAGUGUUAGGUUAAGCCAGGGUGUCAACCGGGAUCCUGUGUUAAGAAGAGUUACGAUUGAUCAAAUCAACCACGACUAGAGAAAGCCAGCAACAUCAUCUAAAAUA